AUGGCAACAUCAAAGACUGUGAAGAAGGGUAAGGUCUCCAAGGCACUUGAUGCCAAGAAAAAGGUGGCCAAGGGGCAGAAGACCAUGCAAAAGAAGAAGGUGCGCACAUCUGUACACUUCCGUCGGCCGAAGACCCUGAAGACGCCGCGAAUUCCCAAAUAUCCUCGUAAGUCAGCUCCAGCACGGUGUAAACUCGAUUCGUUCGCCAUCAUCAAGCAUCCACUGACAACCGAGUCGGCCAUGAAGAAGAUUGAAGACCACAAUACGCUCGUCUUCAUCGUUGACGUGCGAGCCAACAAGCACCAAAUUCGAGCUGCUGUGAAGAAGUUGUACAAUAUUGAGGUGCAAAAGAUUAACACACUCAUCACCCCUCUUAUGGAGAAGAAGGCGUACAUUCGCUUGACGACGGAUUAUGAUGCCUUAGAUUGCGCCAAUAAGAUCGGAAUCAUAUAA